CGAUGCAGUUCGAGUUCUUAAUGAUAUUAUCAUGAGCGAGGAGAUUGAUAAAGAGAUUGGCCUUGACGAAGAAGUCGUGGAGUCUGCAUCGCUGAAAGCACGACCGGAAGACAAGCGCAGAUUAUCUUGGUACUACGCUCCGUCCUUUCUGCUCCUCUGGUUGGCUCUUUUCUUUGCCAUCGUGAUUCCGCUCUUCAACAGACUUCCAGAUAGGAUUACCAUCGCAGAGGAGCCAGCGAGGUUAGGAGAAUUCGUGGCGGAGCGGGCAGAAAGACUGCUGUAUGAAUUUGAACGGAUUGGGCCCAAAGUUGUGGGCAGCCAAGCGAAUGAGGUGGAAACGGUUGCGUUUCUUUUAAAUGAAGUGGAAAAGAUUAGAAAGGAAUUGCGCAACGAACUUUAUGAGCUCGAUAUUGACGUCCAGUUAUCCACUGGUGGAUUUUUGCUUAGCAGUAUGCUAAACAUGUACCAAGGUGUCCAAAAUGUAAUCGUUAAACUAAGUGCUAAGAAUUCCCAAAGAGAGUCUUACCUCCUGAUCAACAGUCAUUUCGACUCCAAGCCAGGCAGUCCAGGAUCUGGAGAUGAUGGCACCAUGGUUGUGGUAAUGUUGGAGGUCUUACGUCAGAUGGCGACAUCUGAUACGCCAUUUGAGAAUGGAGUAAUCUUUCUCUUUAAUGGAGCCGAAGAAAACGCCCUUCAGGGUGCCCAUGGCUUUAUUACGCAACACAAAUGGGCAGCGAAUUGCAAAGCCCUUAUAAACCUUGAGGUGGGUGGCAGCGGAGGACGCGAUCUCUUGUUUCAGAGUGGUCCCAAUAAUCCUUGGCUGAUGAAGUAUUAUAGGCAAUAUGCCAAACACCCCUUUGCAACGACACUAGCCGAGGAAACCUGGCAGGCUGGCAUUAUCCCCUCUGAUACGGACUUCCGAAUUUUUCGCGAUUAUGGGAAUGUUCCUGGAUUGGACAUUGCCCAGGCUUAUAAUGGAUAUGUAUACCACACGGCCUUUGACACUUUAAAGGUGAUUCCUGGACGAUCCAUACAGAAUACUGGUAACAAUAUUCUUGCCCUUGCGAGGGCCUAUGCGAAUGCCAGUGAAUUUUAUGAGACAGAGGAAUCUGAUGACAGCCAUGCUGUAUUUUUUGACUUCCUCGGUCUUUUCUUUGUGUACUAUACGGAAAACACUGGUAUUAUUCUGAACUGCUGUAUUGGAGUGAUCAGUCUGGUUUUGGUCGGUUGUUCCCUGUGGAGAAUGUCCCGUCAGUCGGAGGUGUCCGUGGGACAGAUUUCGCUAUGGUUCCUGAUUGUCUUGGGAUUGCACGUGGUAGGAGCCUUACUGUGCUUUUGCCUGCCAUUAUUAAUGGCUGUUCUUUUCGAUGCUGGAGAUCGAUCGCUGACUUAUUUUACCAGCAAUUGGCUGGUUUUUGGCCUCUACGUAUUUCCCGCUAUUAUCGGACUAGUACUUCCAUUGACCCUGUACUAUACCCUAAGGCCCAAUGAUAAACUGGGCCAUGCUUACCUUAUCCAGAUGAGCUUGCACGCCCACUUCGUAGUUUUGGCCGGGCUUAUUCUCAUUUUAACCGUUGUUGGUAUCAGAUCUCAAUACCUGUGCCUCAUAUCAUUGAUCUUCUACGGAGGUGCUCUCCUGUUAAAUCUGCUAAGCACAUUGCAUGAUCGCGGCUACUAUUGGUCCGUAAUUGUGAUACUUCUUCAGGUGUUUCCAUUCUGUUACUUUUGCUAUCUGUUUUAUAUGGUGCUCGUAGUAUUCUUUCCGAUCACAGGAAGAAACGGAAUUGGUUCGAAUCCGGAUCUAAUAAUAGCGCUCUUGUGUGCUUUUUGUACAUACUUUGCUUUGGGAUAUGUUGCUCAAUUUAUAAACGUCUUCCGGUGGCCAAAGCUCAUUCUUCUUGGACUCGGAAUGGUAACGUUUAUUUUUUGCAUGAUCGCUGUUUCAGAGGUUGGCUUUCCUUAUCGUGCCGAAACAAAUGUGAUGCGAGUCACAUUUAUGCAAACUAAUCGCAUCUUCUACGACUACGAUGGCACGGUGAGUCACAGUGAUUCUGGAUACUAUUUCGUAUAUCAGGAUAGACGCGGCUUAAAUCCGCUGGAGGACUCCGGUGUCAACCUGACUGGAUUGGUCUCCAUGGAGCCUGACUGUGAUAAAUAUGUGAUGUGCGGGGCACCCUGCUUCUACUUUUGUGGCGGGGUUAGAAACGCUGGUUGGCUGCCUCGCAAAGUUGUUAGUCCCGGGGAAAUAAACUUGGAACUACUGGAAAAGACAAUCCUGGUCACAGACAAUAAAGUUCGAUUUGAGUUUGAACUCACUGGACCGCCCCAUAUGAACAUUUUCAUCCAGCCAGUGGGUUAUGCUAAUGUUACGAAUUGGUCAUUUGAGCGAAAAUUAUUGGAUGACCAGGAUACAUUCAAGCCACCUUAUUUUAUAUUUUUCUCAUAUGGAAAAGACGACAGUCCCUUGAAGUUUUAUAUUGAACUAGCGAAGUCCGACGGGGACUUCAGUAUUCCUAUCUUGGAACUCGGAGUUGUGGGACAUUUUGUCAGCUACGAUUUCAAAAGAGAUGCAGAGGCUGAGCAAUUUUUGGAGAACCUACCUAACUAUGUUCAUGCUAUGGAAUGGCCAUCCAUAUUUAAGGGAUACAUAUUUUAAAAAUUUUUUUCAAAUACAAAAAAAUUCAAUAUUUAAGCAGACAGUUAUGUUUCUGAA